GUGAUCUUAUAUAUUCCUUUUUAUUUCUUUUAUUUUGGUUCUUUCGUUCUCUCUCCCUUCAACGGGCAAACCGCUCUCUUUCUCUGUCUAGAAUCUGCUGUUGUAGUUUUCAACGGCAACCUAAGAUUGUUUAUUUUUCCCGUUUGAUUCCCGCCAGUUUUUUCAGGUUGGUGAUUGCAAUUAGGAUGUCUGGUUUUGCAAUUUGUACUACAGAGUAGUAGAAAUCAAGAUGGCAGAAGGUGAUUUGAAAGCGGAGGAGUGUUGUUUGGAGAACAAACAAUCAGCUGCUGCUUCGAGUUCAUCAGUUUCUGAAGAGGAGGGUAGUGCUAGUGUUAGUCUCAAGUCUUCGGGUGUUAGUAGCCCAGUUGCCACUUCGCCUUCUCAUAGGAGGACUACAGGACCGAUUAGGCGAGCGAAGGGUGGAUGGACUUUAGACGAGGAUGAAACAUUAAGAAACGCAGUUUCCACUUUCAAAGGAAAGAGCUGGAAAAAAAUAGCCGAGUUCUUCCCUGAUAGAUCUGAAGUACAGUGCCUACACAGAUGGCAAAAAGUUCUUAAUCCUGAGCUUGUUAAGGGACCAUGGACUCAAGAGGAGGAUGAAAAAAUUGUUGAGUUAGUGGCAAGAUAUGGCCCUACUAAGUGGUCUGUGAUAGCCAAGUCAUUACCAGGGCGUAUUGGGAAGCAAUGUCGGGAACGGUGGCACAAUCAUUUGAAUCCGGAUAUAAAGAAAGAUGCUUGGACAUUGGAUGAAGAACUAGCUUUGAUGAAUGCACAUCGUAUGUAUGGGAACAAGUGGGCUGAAAUAGCCAAGUUUUUACCCGGAAGGACUGAUAAUGCAAUAAAAAAUCACUGGAACAGUUCUUUGAAGAAGAAGCUAGAUUUUUAUUUGGCCACUGGUAAACUCCCACCUGUUGCAAAGAAUAAUCUCCAAAAUAAUGUACGAGAUACAGAGAGACCCACUUGUAGUGAGAAAUUGAUGGUUGGUUCUAAUAAAGAAUCCGAUUCAUCUGCUCAGACAUCUUCAGGUGGUACAGAUUUUCACGUACCAGGAGGGACAAAUACCAAGUUGGGUCUGUCUAGCGAACUUCAGGAAACGGGUCCAGCCAGCUGUCAUGUUGAUGAGUGUGCUGAUUCAGAUGUUGUAGAGCAAUCAUCGCAUCUAGAACACAGUUACAGAAAUUCAAAUUCUUUGCCGUUGUCGUUGCCAUUGUUUGAUAGAUGCAGGAAUGCUGAUAGAGUUGUUCAAAACGAAGAUGCUGUUACACCUGUACAGCCUGUUUAUGGGUCAUUAUACUAUAAACCACCUCAGUACGAAACCUGUAGUCCAUCAGAAUCAAAUUUAACCAACAGCUGUACGCAGCCUGAUUGCAGUCCAGCACUGCUGACAUCACGCAUAGGGUUCUUCACUCCACCUAGUGUGAAGAGCAACGGUGCUUCUGUUCAGAGCCCAGAAUCUAUAUUGAAAGUUGCAGCAAUGACGUUUCCUAAUACUCCUUCCAUAAUGAGAAAGAGAAGGGUGCAAUUUCACACCCCUCAAACCCAAAAGAACGGAAAAUUUGACGAAAAAGGUGGAUGCUCAUCUUCAAUUGAUCAGCUAAGUGCAAUUCAUCAAUCGAGGCAUCAGGAUGAAGGCUUGGUUCCCACUCCUCCGUCUCAUCCCUCUGUUGUGACUGCAUUUUGCAACGGAAUGUCUUUUAAUGCAUCUCCACCAUAUCGGUUAAGAACAAAACGCAUGGCUAUUUUAAAGUCUGUGGAGAAACAACUGGAAUUCACAUUGGACAAAGAGAAAGAAGGUGACACCAAAUCUUUGGAAUUGCCGUUCAGAGGCAACACUCCUCUCAGAGAAGGCAUAUCACAUACAAAGAUGGGGGUGACCUAGAGUUUGGCAUAGAAUUUGGAGAGGCAUCAUACCCAAUCAGGCAUCUCUGAGAGAAUCAGGAGAAAGGCGUUAAUGAUUAAUUACCACGUCUCAAAGAAUCAGCAGACGGCAUUCAUGUUAAUUACCAUGCCUCAAAAGAUCCGGAGAUGGCAGUGAUGUUAAUUACCACGUCCUAAAGAACAGAGCAUCUCUGCUGGAAUCACGUCUCAAAAGACGGAGGAUUUGCACAGGAGCACGUAAAUUAAAGCUAAAGCAUAAACAAAAUACUCCAUUGAUUUAUCUGCUAACAACAAUGGUUCAAUUGUUUAUACCAUUAGAAGUUCGAAAGCUAAGUAAAUGUCCAUGAUUCAUUCCCAGAAGAUCGAUUUUUGUCUUGGUUUUUAGCUUGUUUUCUGUGGUUGUUUUGUUGAAGAAAUUGAUUUAAGAUGAGAGAGGCACCCCCAACAACUAACUUACUUGUCUGCUAUAGAA